CUUGUCUGCGUCAUUCCCUCUUUAUCCUACCGCUGACACGCCUCGGCCUUUUCACUGUGCCCUGCCCUUUCCUACUUUGCCUUUCCUCUUUACCACAUGUCACGCUUCUGGCCUGACAUUCCCUGCCUGGUGUCGGGGCUGCUUUCCUGGUCGCCAGUUGCUGGGCGACAGCGCAUCUAUGAGGCUUUGGGCCAUCUCCCGCCUGUGAGAGCGGGCCAGUUACCGCAGCAGCAGCCGCAGCAGCAGCCGCAGCAGCAGCCGCAGCAGCAGCAGCAGCAGCAGCAGCAGCAGCAGCAGCAACAACAACAUGCUCAAAUACAGACGGACACCCAACAAGCGAUUGACACGGCAGUGAUCGACUUGUGGGGUCGCUUCAAAGCAUUCACCGCACUGGGAGUGCCGCGGAAGGGCUGGGAUCAAGUGGGCGCGCAGCAUCCCUUCCUGAGAGUAGCAAACGGCCAGUUGCGCUAUCACACAGGGGCGCAGUGACAUAGUGAAGUCGGCACGACGCUCCAGCGACAAUCAUUUGGUCCAGCCCUCCGAGUUCUCUCCAGCUCCGUCGUCGGAGCCAAUGCCAACAUAUGUAUGCUAUGAAUCUGAAGGUGCACAUGGCAAACAGCCACGAGCGCGAAAGGGGCAAGUGAAGUGCAGAAAUUUGACUCGUUUAUCGGUUUGACAGCUGCAACUUGCAAUCCUUUCCCCAUUUAAGAUGUUUAUAUUGCUUGCCUCGAAUAGUGAAUUUUGUCUACUUUGACACUUUGACUGCCACCUUGGCCGCGGAAGUUCGUCAGCGAGCUGGUGAGCGACCGCGGCGAUCAGGUCACCAACACCAGCUAGCGGGAGCAUGUAAGCGACGCAUACAACUCGAUGGUGUAAUCGUUAUCUAUUGCAUUUAACAGCGCCCUGGAAGAGGGCCUGUAAAAGAAAAUAAAUGUUUGCUCUCACCACCAGGGGCCACGUGAGUGAGUGCAGCAGUCCAGCCACGCAGCCGUUUGGCCCAGCUAUUGCUUAUAGACAUAUAGCGACUGCCGUUGUAUGGUUGGCAUGAGCUGGAGCUUGCUGAGGUACAGCGGUUGCCGACUUGUCGCCACUGGUGCAGUCUGCAGGCUGGACUCGACACGCCAACUUGCUGUGGCUGCUUCCGCUUGCGCUCCCAAAGCCUGUCGUUCACAUGUGGUGCAAAUAAAGUGUCAUCAGCAUGGCUGCACAUUACUUGACAGCCUGCAUGAUACCAGCAGGCCCUGACCCGCUAGGGGGGAGGGGAGGUUCUCCUGAAAUGACGAGCCACUUGAUGGGCUGUAAGGGCUGGCACACUGGCUGCCAGCUCACGGUUGCAUCACAAACAUGUUAGGCAACAUGUACAUGUGAAGAUGUGAAAGAGUUCCACACAGGGCUGAGAGUGCCAGGCAGUGUGUGUGGAUGGCUGCAAGGCACCCCAUAGCGGCACCCCCCUGUGUCGGGACAAGGGGACUGAGUGGUAUGUGCUCGUCUACCAUGCAUGCCAUGCCAAUGUGCACCACAUCACAGCACAGUACAAGACUCAGGUAUACCUGGCAAGUGAGAAGCCCCAGUGGUGUGUGUGUAUGUGGUACCACGGAAGCGCUAUACCUUCUGCAUGCCUGUGUGUGCUGUGGCAAGUAAGCAGUGGGAUGCGCAAAGUCAUUGCUGCGUGCCCAAAUCUCAUCACGGUCACCCACACGUGGUUCCAACAAUUAUUCUAGCUUUAAUUAUGCUAUUUAUGCUGUGCGAACCAUUUCUGACAUGUCACACUUUCCAAACCCCUCAAAACCCCCAAAACCCCCUCUUAGGGCGACCCUGGUGCCAGGGGCCACGUGAGUGAGUGCAGCAGUCCAGCCACGCAGCCGUUUGGCCCAGCUAUUGCUUAUAGACAUAUAGCGACUGCCGUUGUAUGGUUGGCAUGAGCUGGAGCUUGCUGAGGUACAGCGGUUGCCGACUUGUCGCCACUGGUGCAGUCUGCAGGCUGGACUCGACACGCCAACUUGCUGUGGCUGCUUCCGCUUGCGCUCCCAAAGCCUGUCGUUCACAUGUGGUGCAAAUAAAGUGUCAUCAGCAUGGCUGCACAUUACUUGACAGCCUGCAUGAUACCAGCAGGCCCUGACCCGCUAGGGGGGAGGGGAGGUUCUCCUGAAAUGACGAGCCACUUGAUGGGCUGUAAGGGCUGGCACACUGGCUGCCAGCUCACGGUUGCAUCACAAACAUGUUAGGCAACAUGUACAUGUGAAGAUGUGAAAGAGUUCCACACAGGGCUGAGAGUGCCAGGCAGUGUGUGUGGAUGGCUGCAAGGCACCCCAUAGCGGCACCCCCCUGUGUCGGGACAAGGGGACUGAGUGGUAUGUGCUCGUCUACCAUGCAUGCCAUGCCAAUGUGCACCACAUCACAGCACAGUACAAGACUCAGGUAUACCUGGCAAGUGAGAAGCCCCAGUGGUGUGUGUGUAUGUGGUACCACGGAAGCGCUAUACCUUCUGCAUGCCUGUGUGUGCUGUGGCAAGUAAGCAGUGGGAUGCGCAAAGUCAUUGCUGCGUGCCCAAAUCUCAUCACGGUCACCCACACGUGGUUCCAACAAUUAUUCUAGCUUUAAUUAUGCUAUUUAUGCUGUGCGAACCAUUUCUGACAUGUCACACUUUCCAAACCCCUCAAAACCCCCAAAACCCCCUCUUAGGGUUUUGGGUUUUAGGGUUUGGAUGGGACCCCUUCUGAAUGCGUGCAGUGCGGUAUUUUGCUGUCUAGGAUCCGUGGAGAGGACGAGGCUCCGUUCCAGCCGCUGGGGCGGACCAGGGAGGGGCAGGAGUCCUGGCCGUGGCCACGAGGGCCCCCUCCCACUGCCUGUUCUACCAAAGUUUGCUGCCCCCUUCGCACUGUCCACCUGGAACGUGCAUACGUUUGCUAGGCAUUGCAAACACUGUGAUGCCUGACCAGCGGAGCCCUAGCACUCACCCUUCGAAGGACGACGAGGCCGGCGCGGCGCCCCCCUGUGGCGGCGGAGCGGGCCAACGGUCGACCCGAGCCCCUUGGACAUUGGGCUGGCUGGCCCUGUAGUGGAUUUUGCAGCCGGUGUCAUGCUGUAAGUUCUUUUCAAU